GGCAAAGAUGAUGCAAGUCCCAUGAUGUCCUGUCCUUUCGUUCGAGGUACCGCAUGUAAGGUUCGUCGCUCAAUUUCACGAGAGGGGCCUCAGCGAUGACGUGGCUCAAAAAGUGCCCGGAACACAAGAUCAGCCCCAAACCAAAAACGGCCAACAGUUCAAAAAGCGAAGCGCAGCCGCGUGGAAAUAUGAAAGGCACUCCUCCUUCCCUUCCGUGCUUUGCUUCUUAGCGGGCGGCGGCGACGACGAUGCUGGCGAGCGGCUGUCGCGUCUCGCACCACCUCUGGGUGUGCGAUCCCCGCCGCCGCCGCCACCCGGGUCUGGGGCUCGGGCUCGGGCUCGGGCUCGGGCCUUGCGGCGCCAGGAUCGUCCAGCUCUCGCCCCUCGUGCCGAAGCCCCCCGCCGCGGCCUCCGGGGACGGCGGCCGCCGGUCGCAGACCCGACCGAGCUCCUCCUGCUCCGGCGGCCCCUCCCAAUCGCGCGGUGGCGUCCCCAUUCUCUCCGAUUGUUUCAGCCAACAGGAAAAUGCUCGCGAGCCUGUCUCUGAAGGGUCGUCCUUGGUGGCAGGAGGUGUAGUGGCUCUUGGAAAGUUUGAUGCGCUUCACAUUGGUCAUCGAGAACUUGCCGUUCAAGCAUCAAAAGUUGGAACGCCAUUCCUUUUGUCCUUUGUAGGAAUGGCUGAGGUACUUGGUUGGGAACCUAGGGUACCUAUAGUUGCCCAGUCUGAUCGGCGGCGGGUUUUGUCAUCGUGGGCAUCAUACUGUGGCAAUGUCGUCCCUAUAGAGUUUCAAAUAGAAUUUUCAACUGUCCGAUAUCUCAGCCCUGAACAGUUUGUUGAGAAGCUGUCUAAGGAGCUAGGCGUGCGAGGAGUUGUGGCAGGUGAAAAUUACCGGUUUGGAUAUAAAGCUGCUGGUGAUACAUUGGAAUUAGCAAAGCUGUGUCAGGAAUGUGGUAUGGGUGCUUUUAUAAUAAAGUCUGUAAUGGACAAGAACCAAGAAUUCAGCCACAUGGAUGCCAGCGAUUUAAAAGAGAGAGGACAAGUCUCAUCCACCCGUGUACGGCAUGCACUUGCUGCGGGAGAUAUGAACUAUGUGUCUGAGCUCUUGGGUCGCCGUCAUCGUCUUGUUAUAAAGACUGAGGGUCAAGAAGGAUUUGGUCAAGAAGGAUUUGGUGGCCAAAAACAUAGUAUUUCGGCUCCCAAAUCCUGUUUAUUAAAUCUUGCCCCAAAAGAUGGAACAUACGAUAAUUGUUUCGUUGUCAUUGGUCAGGAAAACUUAGUACCAUGUAGAGUAGUUAUAGACACAACAACUAUCCAUGUGCAAAUGGAUGAAACAGGUGUAUGUAAUGAUUUUGGUACUCCCAACUUUCAGCUCUUGCGUAUUGAAUUUGGUGAUUCAAGAGUCUGACUACGCGUAUAAUAUAUGGCCGGUGAUUCUCUCUUUUUAGUAAA